AUGGAAGCGUCGCAGCCUCCUGAGCCCCUGCGGCCUUCAUCCUCGCCGCCCUCGCCCGAACCCGCCCGACUGCCAUCCGCGCCGGGCUUUAGCCCGGAGAAGGCGAGCAAAGAGGACGUCAUGAUAACCCUGUCUCUCUCCCCCGAGCCACCGGCUCCUGGUCGGACUCUUUCUCCUACGUCUCGAUCGCAUCUCCGCUCUCGCUCACUGGCUGGCAUUCCCGGCAUGCCAUCAAUGACGCGAGCCUACUCGUCCCCAGGGCUGGACUCCCGGGGCCGUUAUAUCUUUAUCAAUGGUCGCGGGGUACCGGUAUCUCCAGUCGAUGCUGCCAAACGUUCACCCCUGCAAAAGCGCUCCGCAGAGGAUCACGUCGAGACCCGGCUGGGAUCACUCACCAUUUCCGAGCCCAUCUCAGAGAACGCCGAGCUCGAGAUUGCCCCCAGAUCGCCCAUUUCGCAUCCAGGCUCCUCAUCACCAGUCCUGCCGCCCCUGACAACUCCUCGCUUGAAUCGUCUACGGUCCACGUCGCCCCUCCACUUCAACAACCAGGUCGUCAGCCCUCCAUCCCUGUAUUCGUCGUCGCCCAUGCUCGGUUCUAAAUACAAUGAAGCCUACCCGGGGCCUUCAGCUUCCUCUACUUCUUCGGUCCCUUCCACACCAACCAGCCUCCGGUCUCGAAGCCCGAGCAUUUCGUCCCUGGAGACGAUCCCGGACACUCCUGACGCUGAAGCCGAAGCUCUGGAAGCUGAUCGCAUUGCGGAUUUGAAAGCCGCCGCCGACGCGGCUGACACCGCGAGCACCACCCGACGCCGCGGCACCUCGGAUACCUUUGGCCCAUCGGGCUCUUUUGGCACGAUGCGCGGGGGUUCAGGCCCUUACACGCCCCGUAGUGACAAGCGAAAGCGAUGGAGCGUCUGCGGAGCUGAGCGUCGACAGGAUCUUGAUCUGGAAACGAUUUGGGAGGAUUGA